AUGGCUCUCGCUCAGAAGGCUGCCUGCGCCCGUGUGGCCAGCAAGAGGGCCAUCGCGCCCGCUCGCGCGGCCGUGCGCCCUCUGGUGGUGCGCGCCUCCGCUCAGAGCAACAAGGCUGCGGUGGCCAGCUUUGCUGCGAGUGCCUCCGUCCUGGCGCUGGCGGUGCCUCAGGCCGCGCAGGCCGCUCAGGAGGCCUUCAUGAUGGCCGAGGUGAUUGCGCGGGCCACCGAACGCACUUCGAUUGGCGAUAACCAGACGAUUAUCAUUGCAUAA